CCGAUUUCACCGAGCGAGGAAGCAGCAGCAGCAGGAGGAGGGGCUCGAGGUGAACUCACCAACUCCUUCACAGGCGACACAACGCUCCGCCGGAGACACACCGGUGGAAAAGGUGGCAACUCUAUCGCUCCUGAUGAUGAUGAUGAUGCCGCUUCCGCUGCCACUGGCGAUGCGCAUGAUGCUGAUGAUGAUGCCGCCACUGCUGCUGCUGCCAAAUCUCCCCGUCUUGCUGGCGGCCGAGGACGGCAACCCAGCACAGUUUGGAAAGUUCCAGGAUGGAGGCUACGACCGCCACCCCAUGUUGUUCUUCAGCGUGCGGGACGUGGCCGGGCUGCGCGCCUCGGCGGCCGCGUCGAGCCACGCGCACAUCGUGAGCCGCCUGCACGAGGCGGCGCUCACCAUGAUGGAGCAGAGCGGCGACCACCUCCCGCCCUGGGAUCCGCUCGAGUUCGGCGCCAUCUGGAACGAGAUCUACGGCAACAACCUGGGAGCCAUUGCCUUCUACAGCUUCCUCUACCCGAACGACACUAGAGCCAGAGACUUCACCAUCGAGUACAUGGACAGGAUGGCAGCGCAGCCCAAUUGGCUCGUCACGCUGUACCCCAAAGACGAGGUGCCGAUCGGACACUCACUCGCUGGGUUUGCCACGGCAUACGACCUGAUGUAUGAACAUUUGGACUCCACGCGGAGAAAACAAUACUUGGUGGCUCUCGUCAAAUCCACAGAGUACAUGUACAGAAUGUCCUUCAUACGCGGAUGGGGUUUCCAAUAUCUGCAGAACCACCAGCCGACCAACACCGUAGCCUUACUCAUGGGGGGCCUUGUCAUCAUGAAUGAUGGGUACCACAGAGAAGCGGCGGUGUGGGUUAAACAGGCCAUGUCCAUCAUGGAGAAGUCGAUGUUCAUCACCAACGAGGUGACGGAUGGGUCACUAAACGAAGGCAUCGCUUACGGCUCGUACCUGUCCCGAUCGCUCCUCAAGCACAUCUUCUUUGCCAAGCGGCACUUCAACAUCAGCCAUGAGGACAACAUCUGGGUCAAGAAGCACUUUGACUUCUUCUACAGGAGCCUCCAGCCAGGGUUCGAAAGGACCGUGGGCAUCUCGGACUCGAACUACAACUGGUACUACGGCCCCGAGGCUCACCUGGCCUUCUGGACACUUACGUCCUGCGCGACGGCAGCGGGAAAUUGGCUGGCGAGCAUGAUCAACACAUUCCGCCCCAAGAACGGCACGGGCGCUUCCUACCGCGCUCACCGUUGGUGCACAUUGCACCUGGAGUACAUUUGGUACGACGCCACCCUGCCACCCACGCCACCGCUAGACUACGGCACCCCGGCGCUGCACCACUUUGAGAGCUGGGGAGUCGUCACUUAUGGGAGUCCUCAGCCAGCCCAGGUCAACGCCACCUUCGUCGGCUUCAAAUCCGGCAAGAUUGGUGGCGCAGCCGUCAACGACAUCGUCCGCGAAAAGCGCUACCCGGAGUGGGUGGACGGCUGGAAAAACUUCAACCCUGGGCAUGAGCACCCCGAUCAGAACACCUUCAUCUUCACGCCCAAUGGCAUGCCGUUCAUCGUGGAGGGCCUCUACGGCCCGAAGUUCACGUGGCACAGCAACGUGCCGAUGUUUAAAACGAACCCGCUGCCGGCCAGGGAGCUCUGCAAGCCUCCCUGGGUCGGUCAGAUGGUGGAGGUGUGCGACUGGAAUUGGGUGACGUGUGACAAGUCGCCCGUGUGCAGCUUUAACGGCCGCGUACUGACCGCCGCGGAGCAGAACGGGACGGUGUUCAUUCGUGGAAACUCGGAGGACACUUAUGAGGCGGGGCUGGGGUUGAGCAGCCUCGUGCGCGACGUCGUGCUGCUCAACCCGCAGCUGGCUUUGGUCGUCGACCACAUCCACCUCGACCAGAACAGCACAGUCACUGGGGUAGCGUCGUUCUUCCACAACCUCGACUGGAGCUUUGAGCAGGAGAAGAAUGGGAUUCUGCACGGAGCGAAGAUCCCGAGGCCCGACGGAGACUACUCGCUCUACUGGACGGAUGAUAAGAAUCUAAGCCCACGGGCCCUGCUGGUGGACGAACCGUACCCGCCGGGGUUCCAGAUCAAGGGCACCCACUUCGUCCAGAUCGAGUUCGACGUCCGCAAGCCGCUCACCCGCCUAGCCUACGUCUUCCUGGGGCCGGCCAUGGCCCUCGACGGCCUGGUGAUGGUGGCUAAGGAGGAGAGCGUGGACGUGGUGGUGCAGGUGAACGGUCAGACCUACUCGGUGCUGCUCAAUUCGCAGCGGCUGGUCGAGAGCGCCAACGCCUCCUACUGCGAGGUGGCCCACAGCUCGGGGGAUGUGAAGAAGACGUUCCGAGCGACAGGCAGUGGCACUGUGGGGAAUGCUUCCUCCCCUGGCUACAAAGGCGACCACGUGCAGAGACUCGCAGAAAGCCUUAAACUCCUGGACGUGGUCUUCGACAAGAUCGCUGAAGAUGUGGACGAGUGUGCGAAUAGCACGCAGGGCUGUGAGCAGCUUUGCGUGAACACCAUUGGGAGCUUCCACUGCGCCUGCAGACCGGGAUUUCACCUCGACGCCAACAGCACCGCUUGCCUAGUAUCACCGACAACACGAGCCACAACGACGGGUGUGACAUCGACAGCCGCCACGGCCAUACAAACCACAGCCAAAGGGUCUGGCGCCCGCACGAGGCGACUCCCGGACCCCACGCUCCUCGCUCUGAUGGCGGCCGUGGCGGCAGCGGCGACGACGGCUGCGUGGUCGCUGUAGCCCAGGAAAGAGGCGACGGUGGUGAUGGCGUUGGCGGUGAUGAGAGCGGUGGUGGUUUACGAAUUGAUGUUGAUUCGUGACUGGGGAUGAUGACGACGAUGAUGUGGAUCCAGUGAGGAUAAUAAUGAUGGAGUGAUGGUGAUUACGAUAUGGAUCCAGUAAUGAUGAUAGUGAUCAUGAUAAAGUGAUGAUAUAGAUCCAGUAAUGAUGAUAGCGAUGAGGAUGAUAAAUUGAUUAUAUAGAUCGAGUGAUAAUGAUGGUGAUGAUGAUGAAGUCAUAAUAUAGAUUCAGUGAGAAUGUUGGUGAUAAUGUUGAAGUGAUGAUAUAGAUCUAGUGAUUAUAAUGACGAUGAAAUUAUUCUAUAGAUCCAGUGAUGGUGAUGAUGAUUUAUUGAUGAUGGUGGUGAUGAUGUAUGCACGUUGAACUUCUUUCGCACCGUACGUAGCCAACCGUACUAAUCGGAGGUGCAAAAUGUUAGCCACACCACAUAAUCAUCUCUACGAUGAAAGAGAUGAUGAUGAUGUUUUGAUAGUGAUGUAUGUAUGCUGACAAUGAUUUAAGCGGUGAUGAUUACACAUUGAAGUAUUUCUUAGGUUGGUUAUUCCUCCCCCGCACCUCCGAUUAGCACGGUUGGCUACGUACGGUUCGUACAUACAUCCAAGCAAUGAUCAUGAUGAACCUGAUCAUUAAUUAAUGGCGUUCGCAUAGAACGCUUGAUAAUAACUAAGUGACGAUGAUGGCCAUAAUUCAUUGUUGAUGGUGAUGAUGGUAACCGUGAUAUAGUUAGAUGAGCAAAUAUUAAGUUAUGAUAUAAUCUCACUAUAAUAGUUUAUCAAUUACGACAAUCGCUCGUCUCUUCAUAUGAAAGCAAUAAUACGUAUUUAUACGGGAGGAAUCCGAUGAGCUAUAAAGCUCUUUAUCACAGAUGCCCGGUAGGGGCAGGUGAGAACUUGACAACGUUACGACAACAGUAUUUAAACGCUGCUGCGUUGCCACACUUUAUUGUCGAGAAGCGCUCCCUCUACCACCACGGGGUCCUGUUGCCGAGUGUGAUUAACGCCGGUGGUGACUCUGCUGAUAAGACCCAGAGAGGUAAAACAAAAGUCCAGCCGAGGGUUUGCCCGCUUACCACCGACGCUGCGGUGACGAUUACGGUAUUGGCACGGGAAGCCAGUUGGCCGGUGAACUAAUCGGUUGUAGAUUGAUUUGUUCCAGUGGAUGGAGGGAGUGGAGGUCUCAUUUACGUUACCCAGAGUCCACAGCGGCAGCACUUAACGAGUUCACAUAGUCUAAUUGCUUAAUGACGACGGUAAUGCAAUUAUGAUGGCGAUAAUUUACUGAUGAUGAUUAUCAUCACCGCGACGUGGAUGCAUUGAUGGGGAUGUGAUGUGAUUAUCACUGUGAUACAUUGAUUAUGGUGAUGUAACAGAUCAGCGUAAAUCACACCCAACCAUACUCGCCUAUACAUGCAGCCACAAUUACAAUGAUCCCCCGUAUAUCCUAAUAUAUAUCGACUGUUGGGGCAACUGCUGUUAGCACACGAAUGGGUGGUGUGAUCAACACCACGCCCGGCAGCCUUUGUCUCCCCCAUUAUGUUUGUUGACCGUGCCAGGUACUGUACUUAUUUAUGGCUGAGUCGACCUAUGGGAUGUCCCAAGACCGAUUCAAAUAUUCGCCACUGUUAUCAUUGGCCGCAAAUGUUUUUCAGUUCGCUAACCACUGCACCACCGCUCCUGCACGUGUACACACACACGUGUGCACACACACGUGUACACAUACACACGUGUACACACACAUUCGCAAACACAAUUAGCACGGAAAAUUGCACACCAUUUUAUUUAAAUCCAAUCAGAAUCUCAACAAAAACCUAGAAACAUAACCUUAUUCUUUAACAACACACACACGUAUGGCUGAAACGACACGUUAAACAAAGUAGCUCAAUAAAUAAUUAAAAACUAAGGUAUAGAAUUAAAGAAUCGUGGACUGCGAGUGAGAAAUGUAUCUCAGAGGGCAAGAGUGCAAUUGCGCGUUGCACAGGUGGGCAUGCAUCUCGUGUUACAAAGCGUAAUCCGAUGUUUCCUUAUUACGUUUUACACAGCCUAAUGACAUGACGUGGCUUAAAAGCCGGCAAAACUUGACGUCGCCAGAAGCCACGUGGCACCGCGAGAUGCCGCGUGACGCCUUACGAGGUGCCGCGUGACAUCCCGAGACACCACGUGACGCCACGUGCGUGCCACGUGAUCCGAUAAUCAGCAAAUUGCGACCGCAUGAUAGCACACACGCACGCACACACGAGCACAAUCGUUGUAUGCCGCGUGUCGCGGUUGCACGGCGGGCUCUCCGGCCAGUGCCUCGACGCGUUGCCCCGCGUGACGUCCCAGCACGCUGAGCGAAAUGUCGGACAUCGCGCGGAACGGCGCGCGGUAACGAUCCAGGGGUGGAGCGCUGGUGGUUUGCUAUCAGCGUCGACGCGUUCCGGGGCAGUCGGUUUCUCGCCUGCGGACGAGGCGUCUGUCAGGUGACGCCGCUUCAAAUAAAUGUUUACAAAUGA